GCCCAGCCUACCAGUAGUAAGUACUAUUGGCAGUUCAUUCAGGUGCCGCCCGCUGUCCGCUAAAACGUGUAGCGGGCAUAAGUUAGCGGCUGCAACUGCCAGCUACCAGCAUAACGCACCCAGCGACACUGUGUUUGUUCCAUUCCCCUUCCUGUCGUCUUCCCUCAUCCGACUCCUCCUCCCCAUCAUCAUCACCACCACAGACGUAUUUUUUCUCAACCACAACCGCGCGCCUUUACCAACAUCCUCUCGAAUUCCUUUUGCAUGCUUGAGCCCCGCGAGGCAUGCACUAGACCAAACUCCUGCUCGUCCCGCCUCUGCUGGCUCGCAUAACAAUUCUUAUUCGUUUUCUUGUUCAGCUGCCCCCCAGCCGGACGGACGACCCCAUCGAGACAACUUCGCUUUUUGCGCCUGCAUCUGCUACUGCGCCACGAUUCGGUGUGUUGCUGUUGCUGCUGCUCGCAUACAAACACUUUGUCUUUAUUACCGACUAAGCCGCAUCCUCCUUCAAACAGAAUCACACAACCAUGGCUGGAACGUCAGAUCCCAAUCGCAGCUCGCUCAGCCCGACGAGCGACGAGGCCGCCGAGGCCAGAGACACCGUCCCUGAUAACUCGAGCGUCCCUAAGCCGAAGCGUCUUGCGUGCAUGAUUUGCCGAAAGCGCAAGCUCAAGUGCGACGGUGUGCGGCCCAGCUGCAGCACUUGCUCGCGACUCGGCCAUGCCUGCGCCUACGACGAGCAGCGCCGCAAGUCGGGCCCCAAGCGAGGCUACGUCAAGGCCCUCGAAGAGCGACUCAAACACGUCGAGACGCUUCUCAAAACACAAGAUCCCCCGUCCGCAUCGACAUCGACAGCCAUGAAUGGCAUGCCGACAGCAGCAGCGGUACCACAGAGCGCGCCGCUGAAUAUGCCCAACGGGGCCAUGAAUGGCGAUCACGAGGCCUGGAAAUUUGCAAACGAGUCGCCUGCCAUUGGCAAUGUCGACGGCUUCAACAGCUUUAGCAUGGGCGUCCCCGACGUGCAGAUGGGCAACAUGGGCAAUGCCAUGGGCGCCGCCAAUAUGAACGGAAACAUGGCUACUGGUAAUACGUUUACAUGGGAGAUGAUUGGCCUUGGCUUGGAAGAGCCGCUGCCUCCACAAGAUACCAUUGACGAGCUGCACCAGAUUUACUUUGAAAAGGUGCAUGCGUCCAUGCCCAUGAUUCACCGCGCUCGCUACCUCUCCGCCAUGAAUUUGGCCCCUCACCAGCGUCCCCCAGUUUGUCUCCGAUACGCUAUGUGGACAAUGGCUUGUUCGAUUACGGACAAGUACGCCGACCUCAAGGACCUGUUUUACCAGCGCGCCCGCAAGUACGUCGAGGGCGACUACGUCAAGGGCUAUGGCGAGCACAUGAUUUCCGUCGCUCACUGCCAGACGCAUGUGCUGUUGGCCUGCUACGAGAUUAAGAUGAUGUACUUUCCCCGCGCCUGGAUCAACACGGGUUCCGCCGUUCGAUUGGCGCAAAUGAUCGGACUGCACCGACAAGACGGCACUUCGCUCGACGUAAAGCAGUGCCUCCCGCCCGCCAACGACUGGACCGAACGCGAAGAGCGCCGACGAACAUUCUGGAUGGCCUUUUGCGAAGACAGAUAUGCCAGCAUUGGCACUGGCUGGCCCAUGACGAUUGAUGAGCGCGAUAUUACAACCAAGCUGCCCGCUUCAGAAGAGGCUUUUGAAAUGAGCCGACCGGAGCCGACGCUGUCCCUUGAAGAAGCCACAACGCCGGCUGGUGCCGCCAAGCUCACAUCUUUCGGUGGUAUCGUCCUGCUGGCUGCUCUGUUUGGACGCAACUUGACACAUUUGCACCGCCCUGAUUCGGACGACCGGGAUCACGACACAAAUGGCCCAUUCUGGAAACGCCAUCGCGACAUGGACAGAAUCCUGACCGACACGCUCUCAUUGAACCUGCCGCCGCACCUAAAGCUGCCGGCCGGCUUACCGAACCCCAACGUCAUCUUUACCAACAUGAGCAUCCACACAUCCACAAUCUGCCUGCACCAGGCUGCCAUCUUCAAGGCGGAGAAGAACAAGCUGGCCAUGUCUUAUAGCGUGCAGAGCAAGACGCGCUGCAUCACUGCUGCCAAAGAGAUUGCCGGUAUCAUGAGAACAAUAUCCCACAUGGAUCUCUCAGCCAUGAACCCGUACAUUUCGUUUUGUCUCUAUGUUGCGGCACGAGUAUUCAUUCAGUACCUUAAGAGCCGCCCAGACGAUGACCAAACUGUGGACUCGCUGCGCUUCCUUUUGUCUGCCAUGACUGCACUGAAACGCCGCAAUCCUCUAACAGAGUCGUUCCUUGUCCAGCUAGACGUAGACUUUGAGGCUCUUGGUGAGAAGGUCCCGCACUUCCGCCAUGUCUUUUUCCGCCCCGAGAGCCCCAAUCUGCAGGGCGAUGCAGCUGCUGGUCCCUCAUGCACCACGGGAAAUGACAAGGGCAUCUUCCAGCACCACGAGACCGAGUUUGACGACAGCAAGUCGAGCAGCGCCGACGCCAUGGACGGCCAAGCAGCAGCAGCGGAGCCAGACAAGAAUGGCACCUACACAUCACACUGGAUGUCCGCCGAAAACAAGGUGCUGACACCCAACUCGAACGGCAUGUACGACCGCAUGCAAGCAGGCCGAGUCAUUUCAUCACCCGAAGGACCGACGCCCAACUCGAGUUCCAGCGGCGGCGACCGCGGCCCCAUGAUGGACAGCCCGGCCGGCCGCCAAAACGUACACUACCGCACUGACGGAUUCCCGGAUGCAUCGGCGCCCGCGGCACCGCCAGGCCAGAUGCCUGUGCAAGGCGGCUUCUUCCCGAUGCCCGGUGCCAGCGUGAUGCCGACUGGCGCGGCGCCACAGACGUACGGCCAGUUCCAAGUGACUGGCUCGUACUCGCACAUGGGGAUGCAGGAUGCUAUUGAGACGUCGCCGGGCGGCGAGGACAUGCUCAAGGCGAUUCUGAACAUGGGCCCGAUGGCCGCCAUGGACUUGUCGUCGUGGGGAAAUACUGGCGCCAUGGGUGGUGAGCAGACAUGAAAAAUGUUACCAGAACCAACUCUACUUUUUUGAACUUUUCGCUUUUUGCUUUUUGGGUAUUUAUUUGAUAUUGGAGAGAAGGUGGGAGGGGGGCGUUUUAAUGUUGUAUUUUUGAAAGGGAAAGCAUAUGGCGUUUAUUGAGGAUGGGCAGAACCAAACCAGACCAGACCAGAGGGUGGAGGAUGUGUAUAAUCUGGGAUACUUUACUUUACUUACUACUAAUGAUGUGCGAUGCAAUGGAUUAGCGUGCGAAUAUAUGUUUAUGUCGCAGGUUCCCUGUUUCGUUUUCUUUUGGACUUUUGGACUCUAUUUAGGCAUGUACUCUGUACUUUUCGUUUAUCAGUGAAGACGGGCAAGAAGCCUCUCUUACUAGGAACACAUGCAUUCCGUUGCUCGUUUGAUAUAUCUUUAAGGCUUGCCUUGGUAAUGACGUACCACAUCGCUUUAUUCUUCAGCCAAAGUUAGACAUGCUCGUCUUAAUAGACUUUUUACCAUGAG